AUGACCAACCCGCUCAUCUGGGCACUGCUGGUGAUCACGAUCGGGUUCGGUGCCAUCGGCUUCACCGACGACGCGAUGAAGCUUCUGAAUCGCAGCCACCGCGGACUGAACAUCCGCAUCAAGGUCGCCGCCGAGCUGGUGCUUGCGCUGGGAGUCGUCUUCUGGGUCACGAUGAUUCUGGAGGCGCCGCUCGAUCACGGCCUCGCGCUGCCGUUCGUGAAGUCGCUGCUGAUCGACAUCGGCUGGUUCUCGGUGCCCUUCGCCGUCUUCGUCGUCAUCGGCUCGUCCAAUGCCGUCAACCUGACCGACGGCCUCGACGGCCUGGCGAUCGUGCCGAUCAUGGUCGCCGCCGCCUGCUUCGCGCUGAUCGCCUACGUGGUGGGCAACAGCGUGUUCACCGACUAUCUCCAGGUCCACCACGUGCCAGGCUCCGGCGAGCUUGCAGUCUUCUGCGGCGCUCUGGUCGGCGCGGGACUGGGUUUCCUCUGGUUCAACGCGCCGCCGGCGAUGGUCUUCAUGGGGGACACCGGCUCGCUCUCCACCGGUGCGGCGCUCGGCCUCAUCGCGGUCAUGACCAAACACGAGAUCGUGCUCGCCAUCGUGGGCGGGCUGUUCGUGCUCGAAGCGGCCCCGAGUCCAAGCGGUCUCGGUGAUCGUGCAGCGCCGGCGGUGCCCGCGUGCUCUGUUGGGACGAUUUGCCGGCGGCGCGCGCGGCGGCACGGGACCAAGGCUUCGAGGUGCGACCCGCUGGCGCCCGAGGACGGCAUUGCCGCCCUGGUGCCAAGCCCCGGCGUCCCGCUCUCGCACCCCGCCAUCGUUGCCGCCCACGAUUCUGGCGUCGAGGUGGUCGGCGAUAUCGAGCUCCUCUGGCGCACGUUGCCGGAGCCCCGCUACAUCGGCGUCACGGGCACCAACGGAAAAUCGACGACGACGGCGCUCAUCGGUCAUUUGCUGCGUUCGGCCGGCGCCCGCCACGUUCGGGUCGGCGGCAAUCUGGGGACCGCCGCCCUCGAUCUCGCGCCGGUGCCAGGCGACGGGACCUUCGUCCUCGAACUCUCCUCCUACCAGCUCGAUUUGACCGUCGAGACGACCUUCGACAUCGGCGUGCUCCUGAAUGUCGCUCCGGACCAUCUCGACCGUCACGGAACCAUGGCGGCCUACGUCGACGCGAAGCGCCAGAUCUUCCGCCCCGGCCGGCUCGGGACUGCCGUCAUCGGCAUCGACGAUCCGAUCUCGCGCGUCGUCCACGAGUCCCUCCGGGAGCGGGCACAGCUCCAGGUGGUGCCGGUGACGGUGGCGGCUCGAUCGCGCCGCGGCGUUUCCGUCGCAAAGGGGAUUCUUCACGAGAAUGGCAAGGCGGUCUGCGACCUUUCGCAGGCGGCAGCAUUGCCCGGAACGCACAACUGGCAGAACGCCGCGGCGGCCUUCGCAGCGGCACGGGCCUGCGGGCUCCCGCCCGACCGGCUGGCGCAGGCGCUCCUGGAUUUUCCCGGCCUGCCCCACCGGAUGGAGAAGAUCGGCAGCGUCGGCGGCAUCCCGGUCAUCAACGACAGCAAGGCGACGAAUGCCGAGGCGGCGGCGCGGGCGAUCGCUUGCUUCGAGAAUGUCUACUGGAUCGCCGGCGGGCGGCCCAAGGAAGGCGGAAUCGACGCCAUCGCGCCCGUCUUCCCGCAUAUCGCCCAUGUCUUCCUCAUCGGCGAGGCCGAGGAACGCUUCGCGGCGACGCUCGAGGGCCAACUGCCGGUGACCCGCUGCGGCACCCUCGACCGCGCCGUCGCGGCCGCGCUCGACGCCGCCUGCCAGAACGGGCGCGAGGGCACCGUGGUGCUGUUCUCGCCGGCCUGUGCAUCGUUCGAUCAGUUCCGCGACUUCGAGCAGCGCGGCGAUCGGUUUCGCGCGCUGGUCCCCGUCGAUCGGGUCGUCGCCGGGGAGGAGGCUAAGACGUGCACGCGGUGA